UAUAUAAAGCUGAUUUAAAGAGUGGAAAGUAUUGCAAACUCAGAUUGCCUUAAAGUACCGUCAAGAAAAAUGUUCCACCUACGAACAGUCAUUUGUAUUGCCGUUGUUCUGUCUGGAUGCUUUGGUCAGAUGAUAGGCAUAGGAGGUGGUCUAGGAGGAAUUAGUGGAGGUGCCGGAGUUGGCCUAGGAGGAAUUAGUGGAGGUGCCGGAGGUGGCCUAGGAGGAAGCUAUGGUGUAACCAGAGGAUACACAUCUGGCAUGUACGGAGGCAGAGGUCUCGGAAUGAUCGGAGGUGGUGGCCUCGGAAUGAUGGGAGGCAGAGGUCUCGGAAUGAUGGGAGGCAGAGGUCUCGGAAUGAUGGGAGGAAGGGGUCUUGGAAUGAUGGGAGGCAGAGGUCUCGGAAUGAUGGGAGGUCUUGGAAUGAUGGGAGGAAGAGGUAUCGGUAUGUUCGGAGGCCAAGGAAUGGGAAUGAUGGGCAUGGGUGGGCCACUUAUGGGUGGUCUUGGAUAUGGAGCUGGAAUCUAUGGUCCUAUGAUGGGAAUUGGUUAUGGAGGACUUAUGGGCUGAACUUAAUAGUUGACUUGAUGACUUAAAUAAAUUGUUUUGUUUAUUUAAAA